CAGAGGGAGGAGAGGAGGCAGUGGAAGGAGGUUACCGGCAGUGGACAGUCACGACGGCAGCAGUCCGUGUGUAGCAGCUGCGUAGGCCCAAGCCCAGCGAUGUCUGGUUGGGAACACUUAUCGUUCGAUAAACCUUUUGUGUGUAGCACGAAUGUUGCUGCUGCUAGUAUUGUCCCCACUUUCCGUUCCGUCUCUGCCUCUGCUGUACACCGUGUUAUAACUGCAAUUGUGUUUCUCCUUUCUGGCUCACAGCGUGAGAGCGAACAAGAAUUACGCCGGUAUAGAUAUAUAGGGCUUUGUUUAUCCGUCCCCGUGUUUGUGCAGGGAGAAAAGAGCCCAGCGCAAAGUACAAAACCUUAGAAGCCACUACCGUUACUCCCAAAACUUUGUUGAUGUACUUUCUUGGGCGACAAUCAUGGCUUUGCACAACUACAUCUACUCUAAACAUCAGACAGACGUGACUACCAACAACAAGAUAGCAAGAGAGCAUGAACCAAGACCCGUGUAUCUUGAUGCGAAGCCAGAUCCUCCGAACGUCGGCGUCAUAGAUACCGCUUCCAAAAGCACUGGUGAGUCUGACAGCACCGAUCUGGUUGGCCACAACCACCAUGGCGUUCAUAUUAAUCACCGUGCCAGCCAGAUUAUCUACGCCGAUCUUCCCGACGACCACCACAUGCUCCGUUUGCACGAGGCAGGAGGCUCCAUCGACGCAAAGGGCACCUACGAAGAUGAGCUUGCCAAUGAGGGAAACGAGGACGAGGAAGAGGACUCCAGUGACAGUGAUUUCCUUCGGGCACAGGCUCGUCGUUACGAGAACCAGUGCCAGCGACACGGCAACUAUCACAACAACAUGAACCAAUUAUACCCACAUCCGCCAGCACAAUCCGUGAUAGAAGACGUCGACGAGCGACAUGAAGAUGACACAAUAAUUAUAGUGAAACCGUCGUCGGACCAGAGUGACAAGAUACUGUCCAUGGAGAACGGACAGGCAAAAAUUUCCAAGUGGGUUUUUGUUAACGGUAAGAAGAUAAAAUUGAGAAGUAGGUUCUCUAGAAGUGAGACCCACAAGCUCAGUGCAGACAAGGUUGUGCACUGAUAAAGAUGACUCUAGCAACAGUCCACAUCACGCUCCUUUCGAGUCAGACUGCGCUAUCGAUUGUACAAUAUGAAACAACAGCUGAUAAUCAUGAAAUUCAUCCACAGAAACCUUUACAAACCUACACACCGGUCCUUUGCUAUAUCUUUUUUCUACCAAAUCAUAACCCACUUGUUAGCUGUUAAAACGGCUUUCUCUUUAACUCAUUCCAACUGUCAUGCCAUACCAUGCCCUUUUUUUUCCUUUUUCCCAUUUUAUUGCUUCACUCUCAGCUUUAAUCUCAACGCCACCAUACAUAGAUAACCCCGUCGAGGGAUGGAUA